AACGAGACCAGCGGGCAGCUGCGAUUGGCAACACGACCGAGCUGACGACUUGUCCCUCCGCAAAGCCGUGGUCUGGAACCUCUUUCGUUUUCAGCCCUCUUCAACCUACUCGGUACUUCUUUCACCUACUGCAAACUGGCGAUCAGGAACACGAAGCUUGAUAUCAUUAUAGGCACUACCCCCACUUCCCUUCAGACUGUAGCUCUCAGCUCGUGAAGUGCCGUAAAUCACCAUCGAACAUGGCACCCAGCAACCCAGUCGACAAAGACACCGAUGGCAAGCACCUCGCAGCCGUGGAGUCCGCCUUCCAGGAUGUCACAGACAAGUCGGAGAAGCACGACAAAGACCCCAAGGACCACCUGCACCAGCCCUCGCACCAUGAGAAAUCGCACAGCUGGCUCAAAUCCCUCUUCCCCUACAACUCGCUGCAGGACUUUGAGAACUCCUGGCACCUGGGCAACUAUAUUGUAGACCGCAAGACGGGCGAGAAGUCGUUUGAGCCCAUGUCCAUCUAUGUGCGCCUCGGCAUGCAUCUCCUCUACUAUGGCACCAAGCAGGAGAAUCUGCUGCAGUCGAAGCGCGCGCAGGAGAUGCUCAAGCAGCAGAGCGAGAAGAUGGGGAGGCAGUAUGAUUCUCCUGAGAGCAAGGCUCACAUUGCGCCUUUUAUUCAGAGUUUCCAGUUGGAGAGCGGGUUGCAUGAGUUUGUCCAACCGGAUCCCAGCAAGUACAACACUUUCAACGAAUUCUUCGCCCGCGAAAUCAAAGAAUCUGCUCGCCCCAUUGCCGAGCCAGACAACGACAAGGCCGUCAGCAGUAUCGCCGACUGCAGGCUGACUGUCUUCCCGACCGUCGACCUUGCAAAGAAGUACUGGAUCAAGGGCUUCGGCUUCACCGUUGCAAGGCUCCUGGGCUCGGAAGACCUGGCGAACGAGUUCAAGGAUGGAUCCAUUCUCAUCCAUCGUUUGGCUCCGCAGGAUUACCACAGGUGGCAUUCGCCGCAGUCCGGCACGGUGGAGAGCAUCACCGACAUUCCGGGGACCUACUACACCGUCAACCCACAAGCCAUCAACGAACCAGGCACCCUCGACGUCUUCUGCGAGAACCGACGCUCAGUCAUGAUUCUCAAGCGACCCUCGGGCAGCAAAGUGGCCGUCAUCGCCGUCGGCGCCAUGCUGGUGGGCAGCAUGAAGUACAACGAAGGCGUGAAAGUGGGCGCCGAAGUCCAUCGUGGCCAGUGUCUGGGCGCCUUCUACUACGGCGGCAGCACGGUCAUCUCGCUGUAUCCCAAGGGCGGCGUGACGUUGGACGAGGACUUGGUGCGGAAUUCGACGGAGCAGAAUUGUGAGACGUAUGUGCAGGUUGGAUGGCAUACGGGUGUUGAGCCGUAGAGUGCUUGGAUGGAUCGGUCCGGCGAUCUGAGCCGAUGUUCGUUGAUGACGAAUUGUCUAGGCUAU